AUGGAGAUCAUCCAAGCAUCCAAAGCGUCCACGCUACCCCAGGAAGCCACAGCAGCCACAUGGAGUAUCGACUCUGCACCACCGCUCUCGCCCAUCCUGCUUCUGCCUUCGCCCUCUGCGCCCCUUCUCAGUUUCACACCGACCGACGGCGCCUUUUUGCUCAACAGCACCUGUCAGAACUGCACUGAGCCUGGGAAUGCAGACCUCCCCAGUUUGGCUGGAGUCCUCAUCCCUCUUAUCUAUGUGACAGUGUGUGUCAUUGGCCUGGUGGGCAACACCCUGGUCAUCCAUGUUAUCGUCCACUACACCAGGAACGAGUCAGUGACCAACAUCUACAUUCUCAAUCUGGCCAUCGCCGACGAGCUCUUCAUGCUGGGCUUGCCCUUCCUGGCAGCGCAGAACGCUCUGCUCUUCUGGCCCUUCGGCUCGCUCAUGUGCCGUGUGGUCAUGACAGUGGAUGCCAUCAACCAGUUCACCAGCAUCUUCUGCCUGACGAUGAUGUCCGUUGACCGCUACCUGGCUGUGGUGCACCCCAUCCGCUCCACCUGGUGGCGGCGCCCCCGUGUGGCCAAAGCCGUCAAUGCCACCGUCUGGGCAGUCUCCUUUGUGGUGGUGCUGCCGGUGGUGGUGUUUGCAGACGUGCUCAAGGACGACGGGAACUGCAGCAUCGUGUGGCCGGAGCCCGCCGAGGUGUGGAAGACGUCCUUCAUCGUCUACACGUGCACCGUAGGAUUCUUCUGCCCCCUGCUGGUCAUCUGUCUGUGCUACCUGCUUAUUGUCAUCAAGGUGCGCAGUGUGGGGAAACGGGCGCAGGCCACAUCCUCUCGCCGCAGGAAGUCUGAGCGUAAAAUCACCAGGAUGGUCAUUGUGGUGGUGGCGGUGUUUGUUCUGUGCUGGCUGCCAUUUUACGCUCUGAACAUUGUCAACCUCCUGGUGGUGCUGCCCAGGGACUUACGGGGGCUCUACUUUUUUGUUGUAGUGCUGUCAUAUGCAAACAGCUGUGCCAACCCCAUACUGUACGGGUUUCUGUCUGACAACUUCAAGAGAGGCUUCAGGAAGGCCCUGUGUCGCUCGUCACGCAGGGUGGAGAAUAAUGACAGGGCUGGCACUGAGAUACAGCGCCCUACAGAGGAGUGGGCUGGCAUUGCACUUCAGCCACUAAAAAGUGUUAGAGUCACCAGCACCCACAAUGGAGACCAUGACGAGAAAGAAGAGCAGGAGGAGGCGGGGGAAAUGUCAGAAAUCUGCAGACCGUCACAGAACGGGAACAACAGAGGAGUGACACAGCCUGAACCAGUGCAGCCGGGUCACAGCACCAAAGUUGGGGAACUGACCGGAGAAGGCCUAGGCUUUGUGUCGACUGAGGUAAAGUCAACUUUGACAAAUCAGGUAAAGAGUGGAAGCAACCGGUCUUCUGACACAUCAACAGACAAAAAUACAGUACUUGAAAUCAGCUAUCUGUAA